AUGGCCCGCCGAGGGCGCGGUGCUGCAGCCAAGUCAGCUGGCCGUGCCGGUUCGCAGCCGCGAGACGACACUCCCGUAAUAGGUACUUUGCGGCCGUUGGUGCCAUUUUACGUGCCAGACGGCGCGGAGGGUGCUGGCAAAGUGAACACUGAGCUACGCUCUUAUGAAAGAGGGAAAGCUAGCCACGAUAGUUGGUCACGAAACGAGAGGCCGGCUGUUUCUGCGGAAGCGAGCUCUGGCGGUGCGGCUCCUGAUAACCGUAUCCCUGUUCGAGUGAGACGCUGGGACGCACUCCAGGGCACCUUCGGACCUGAAGACGUUCAUUACGUCCAGGUUGCCACUUCGUCACUAGACGGCGAGCAGCAGUCAAAAGCGCCCGUAACGCUUCCAUAUUCCAGCGCUCAAACACUCGUCACCGGACAACAAGACACCGCGAGGAAUCUCCUGACUCCGGAUAGCAUUCUACAGCAGAGAACUGAGCCCAAACCACACUACGCCAAUCCCGCAUGCACUAUAUCAAAAGAACUUGCAACAUCUCUGGUGCAGUACCCAAAUCACGGCGCCCGUGAACGUCCGGAAUCGUAUACACCUGGACAAGCGGCGAACGCAUUAGGAGCGCCUACCUCGCACCACCCGAUGCAGAAUGCUUCACGUCGUCAUUCCACGAGCGCAUCGGAGCGCAUCCGCUACGAAACAGCAGCCCCACUGAAACAUCACACGCACCGUAAUGGAUCCACAUCGACAACGUCUCAUGUGCGAUUGGAUCAGGGAAAGCGCUGCAGCACCGUGAAUGACGGAAUGCGGUACGCAGGAGCGAGCUAUUCUGCAACGGUACCGACACCGCAAGCCGUUCCGAUUCCAAAGUUCGCGAGGCGAUAUCUAGAAAUGCAAACAGCAACACCAGGUCCCAGCACAGGAGCAUCCUCAUCCGCAUCAACGACGGCAUCGGGACACACCACAAUGUUGCCCACAAACAUUCCCAUGGACUUGAAUGGGACCUAUUCUCAUUCUCGAAGCGCCUUGACGGCCGCAGAACGUUGCACACUCAUGGAUGGAACGCAAGUCGAGCGAUGUUUGCUCGCGCGGAGCGACUACGGAGAACAAGCCGGAUCGCCAGCUGUGCUUUGCCCAACAGCGAGCACAGCGUGGGCGCCACCGAUGCAUUCGGGAACGGGCCACCAGUCAGUGGACCGACCGAUGCCGCCAUGGAGUGUGUCGGGGUAUCAACUCUAUCAAAACCUGGGAUGCGAACAAGCGCCCAGCACACAUGCAUUGCGCCCUUGGCCUGCCAGCGAGCACCCGCUGGGACCCGCAAGUCUGGCGCCUAUCACGACGGUGCCUGUAUCGAGUCAGACGGCGUCAUCUGUAGGGACAACGUCGACUGGUCACGAUGCGGAGGAUCCUAUAACCGCACAACUUCGCCAGGUGCUGAGGCUCGCCUCGCCAGCGGCGGUGCCGCAGCAGCAGCAGCAGUCGAAGAUGCAGCGCUCACCGCGCUCGCGUUGA